UACUCUGUAGAUAUAUAUAUUUGAGCGAGCUGACCAUGAAUCAGCCAAGUGCACUGCCACAGCAAAAUCCUCACGUCGACAAAGGUGGCCUGUCUCGAUUUAUUCGCCAUCUCGAAUAUUUACUUGCAUUCUCAAUAUUCCCAUCACUUGUCAUUUAUAUUUCGAUGGCCGUUUAUGACCAAUUCCAAAGUCUGAUUCGAAUUUUCCACCACUGCAGCAGACGCGUGCUCCAUUGGCUGGCUAUGACUAAAAGACGCAGCUGGACUGGUGCCAUUCACUGUAUAUUUGCGCACUGGUUGGACAUACGAGUACGAGCUUAGCUUCAGCAAGCGUUGAAGGGGACAACUAAGAUAUUCGAGC